AUGUCUAGAUACGCUUGGUAUACCAGAGUUACAGACACACUGCAUCGUCUGACGGUACUGACGCUAGUCGGUGGUACAUUAUACAUGUCCGGUGGCUUGGCUUACACUUUAUACAUGAAUGGUAAGAAGUAUGAGCAGCAAAUGACCCAACAAAAGGCAUUAGAGGAGGACAACCAACAGUUGCAAAGUCCUACUGCACCUCCCACGGAAUAA